AUACAUGUAAUUACAUGAGACUAUCUAUACAAUUGCAAGUAUAAUUUAAUGAUCCCGCUUUUGUUACACCCCUUCUUCAGCUUUAUAAGAGACAUGAUUAGUUGAAUUACACCAACUAACCUUGCCAUUUUUGUUGAUCAAGAUGCCCGGAACGAUGGCUAUAGGUAGGAAUCGAGUAUGCUCGAAGGAGUAAUAAAUGCCGAGUAUGAGGCACAGCACCUACGUGCCGCUCAUAGAGCCUCUUUAAGCUGCUACCCUCCCUUCUAUCCUUCGUAAUGCUCCCUAACAUGACCAACAUCUCAGCACCUGUUAAAUGCUGUUAAAUUGCCUACAAUGAAUGCUACCGACAUCGCAUAUUCCACCGCGAAAUAUACUAUUUUGAUCGCAGUACCAUACUUCCUUCUACUUCUUAGUUAUCGUGUCUUUUUUCAUCCCCUAAGGAAGUACCCAGGGCCGCUGAUUGCGAAGGUGUCCGACGCCUACGCCGGCUACUAUGCAAUUUCGAAGCGGCUUCAUCUAACCACGUAUCUAGACAUAGAAAGAUAUGGACCCGUACUCCGACAUGGCCCUAACCGGCUGGUCUUCAGCACGGCUCAAGCUGUACAAGACAUCUAUAACAAUGAAAGAGUCACGAAAGGGAACGUCUAUGGGCUUACCGUAAGGUCUGGGAAGCCCAGCAUCUUCAAUGCGAUCGAUAAGCGAAAGCAUAGGAAUAAGCGUAGGGUCGUCGGGCAAGCCAUUAACGACAAAGCGAUGCGCGCCUUCGAGCCUACUAUGAUGGAUCAAAUCGAUGUAUUUCUUGGACAAUUAUUGAAGUCAUCUCACAACUCAAGCCCUAUCGAUAUAUCAGAUCGUUCUAAACGACUGGGCAUGGACAUCGUGGGUCAACUUGCUUUCGGCUACGCACUGGACACGCAGACAGUCCCUACGAAUCAAUUCAUGAUUGAUGGACUUAAAGCCGGACAAUAUCGUAACAACUGCUUCAUGCAAUUCCCAUUCCUCAAGAAGUCAGGACUUGAUUACCUCGUCUUACUUUUCGCCGGCGCAUCUCAACGAAUGAAAUACUUACAGCUAUUUCAACGCAUGAUAAGUAACCGACUUACCCAAGACAAGCAUGCUAAAAACGAUCUUUAUUCAUUUGUCGUUGACCAUCUUGAUGAUACCGAUGGGGUGCCGUUGAGCGACCUCUGGUCCGAAGCCCUAUUUUUCUUCCCAGCGGGAGGUGAUACAACAGCAACCGCAAUAAGCGCAUUGUUCUUUUAUCUAUCGCGAAAUCCCAAUGUUUAUAAUAAACUAGCUGAUGAGAUACGCACCACAUUUGGAAGCGCUGCAGAAAUUCGGACUAGCCCGCAACUAUCGAGCUGCCAAUAUCUACGCGCCUGUAUCGACGAGGCUCUACGUAUGACACCCCCAGUAUCUGGCACGCCGUGGCGCGAGUUAUACGACGAAGAAUGGAAAAACGGACCUUUUAUCGUCGACGGACAUGUCGUCCCGCGGGGCACACAAGUAGGCGUUAGCAUGUACGCAGUUCACCACAACGAGAAAUACUUCCCGGAGCCAUUUGUCUUUCGCCCAGAGCGCUGGUUAGAUGCAGACGAAGCGACCCUCAGCCGUAUGAAUGCCGCAUUUAGCCCAUUUUCAAUCGGCGGUCGCGGGUGUGCAGGAAAGGCUAUGGCGUACUUGGAGAGUAGUCUGGUGAUUGCGAAAACCCUUUGGUAUUUCGAUUUUGAAAAGGCGCCGGGGAAGUUAGGUGAAGUUGGUGGAGGUGUACUUGGGAAGACUGAUGGGAGGGGCCGCCCGGAGGAAUUCCAGUUGUGGGAUUGUUUCGGCUCUCUACAUGACGGACCUAACUUGAUCUUCCACCCCCGCGGUGAUUUCUGCAGCGAAAUAAACAUUAAAGCGCCGACAAAUCCUUAAUGCUAGAAUUUAAGGAGGGCUAGGUCCUGUGUGGUGGCUUGGCCUACAUAUAUCACAUCUCAGAUCACAAUGUUCAAUACAAAUGUUUAACGCUUAGACAAUUCGUUAGGCACCUGUGUCAGCUUUAGAGCGCAUGUGGCAUAUCCGAGAAAUUCUUUGAGAAGACGUACAUAAUAGUCAUACAUAUUAGCGCUCGAGGAUUGCUCUGGAAUGAGAAUUGGAUUAUAACAAUGUCUUACCAUUUGUCUCACCCUGAUGGCAUCUAAAAAGCACCAAACUACUGUUAUGUAGGCUGUCAAGAUCUUAUUAACUCCGCAUGUGUUGUACGUGCUACCCAAGGCAAGACAUGC